GAGAAGUCAAGUGUUGCAGUGCUGUAGAAAUGUCUGUUUAAACUACAGACUUGCACUGUCUUGAGAGAGAUGAAAUGCAGUGGAAAACAGUCAUUAGUUCAUGGAAAACUUACGCAGAGGAAGGAAAACUGUGGUUGAAAGAGGGAAACUUACAAGCAAGUCCGGCAGCUUUAAAGACAUAAGAGACAUUGCUGCUUGAUAGAAUGGAUGAACAAUCACAAGGAAUGCAGGGGCCUACUGCUCCACCAUUUCAGCCACAGAAAGCCUUACGACCUGACAUGGGCUACAACACCCUUGCCAAUUUCCGAAUAGAGAAGAAGAUUGGCCGUGGGCAGUUCAGUGAAGUUUACAGAGCAACCUGCCUGCUGGAUGGGGUACCCGUGGCUCUGAAGAAGGUUCAGAUAUUUGAUUUAAUGGAUGCCAAAGCCCGUGCUGACUGCAUCAAAGAAAUAGAUCUUCUUAAGCAACUGAAUCAUCCAAAUGUAAUUAAAUAUUAUGCCUCAUUCAUUGAAGACAAUGAACUGAACAUAGUGUUGGAAUUAGCAGAUGCUGGAGAUCUCUCUAGAAUGAUAAAGCAUUUUAAGAAACAGAAGAGGUUGAUUCCUGAAAGAACAGUUUGGAAGUACUUUGUUCAGCUUUGCAGUGCCUUGGAACAUAUGCACUCUCGUCGUGUUAUGCAUAGAGAUAUAAAGCCAGCAAAUGUGUUCAUUACAGCUACAGGAGUAGUAAAGCUGGGAGACCUUGGACUUGGUCGAUUUUUCAGCUCCAAAACCACAGCUGCACAUUCUUUAGUUGGUACACCAUAUUAUAUGUCUCCAGAGAGAAUACAUGAAAAUGGUUACAACUUCAAGUCUGACAUCUGGUCUCUAGGCUGUCUGCUGUAUGAGAUGGCUGCACUGCAGAGUCCCUUUUAUGGUGAUAAAAUGAACUUGUACUCUCUGUGCAAGAAGAUAGAACAGUGUGACUACCCACCUCUCCCUUCAGAUCACUAUUCAGAGGAACUGCGACAAUUAGUGAAUAUGUGCAUCAACCCGGAUCCGGAGAAGCGCCCAGACAUCACCUACGUGUACGAUGUGGCGAAGCGCAUGCACGCACACACCGCCAGCAGCUGAACUGCCUGCGAGCCCCACAAGGAGCAGCCAGAACCAAGAGCUUGCAAUAAAUCAUCCCACCUCCCCGUGUGUCUUACACUAAUGUAAUUAUUUGAAGCUUACUGUUGUGCUUUGAAUUGUAAACCAAUUUAUAUACAAGCUUUGUUGUUUUCUGUUCAUUUCUGGGUUUUGUAUUUUUUACUAACUUGCGGUCGUACGACAGGUUUAAAUAUGUAAAGUGUAAUUUUAAGAUGCUGUGAACCGCUGUUUCCAUGUUAGUGGGUUCAAGUAUACCUUCUGUAAUAACAAAAUUGUAUUCAGUUGGGCCUCAGUUCUAAAACACAGUUGCACUUUUGCACAUGAUACAGAUAUUAGGCUUAUUAUCGAGAAGCAAAAUGUCUGAAUCUCUCACCUUUUUAGUAAUUUAUGGAAAGUAUGAAUCAGCACAGUUAACUUUAUUUUAAUCUUUGUUCCAAGAGGAACAUAAUUAUUACAGGAGCUUAUUGUAUUUUAUAUUGAAUUGUAGUUUGCAGUUCCUGCUGUAAGAGUAGACAAGGAAUAGAAUUAGUUCUCUGCUUGCCAAAUGCAAUGGAAAAAUAAUUUCAGGAAAAACUGUCAUGCUGAAAUUUUUGUAACGUCCCCUUUUGUUUUGUUAGUCUCUCUUAAUACACAAAACAUUUGUUGGAGGUUUUCUGGGAAAAUUUAAGGUGUUGAUUCAGCAAUCAGGUCGUUUUCAAUAGACUUGUGCAGCACUGCCCUGGGGCAAUGGGAGUCUGCAUAGUUCAGUCUUAAAAACAUGCAGAUGCUUCUUGUAGCCAAUAGGGUUCUUUUGUGGCUGUCCUUUGAGCAGGUCUGAUUAAAAGAUGUGAUCUUUAAGUUACAACUUCCCAGCUGUUUGUGUAUAUGUCACUGUUUGUAGAUUUUUGUGUCUAAAAUAAUUUGAGUGACCUUACAGUAUAUUUAAAUUUCAAAUUUUUUUUCUAAAUACUGAAAUGUUUUGGCAAAGAUAUAAUAUUCUAGUAUAACACAAAAUGUAUUCUGCAUAAAUAUAUGAUCUUUGUAUACUAUAUCCUGAGACUUAGUUUUUAUAUUUAGCAGAAGUAGAUUAUAGCUUUUAUGUUUAAGAGAAAGUUGCCUUAAUUUGGAAAAUAAUUAUAUAUGCAAACUAUUUUACAGAUACUUUAUUAGUUUAAAAGGAAAUGCUGAAUAUUUUUGUUAGACCUUAGUGCCUUUUGGGGUAUGCUUAUAUAAUAUUUUCAUUGUUAAGGAAGGAAUGUGUCUUGUUUUUAAAUGUGGUAAAAAUGGAGAGUGAAAUGAAAUUCCUUGAGUUUCAAGACUGAACUUUUUUUUUACAGGACUGUCAAAAGGUAAUUAUUAUCAGUGAUAGCAACGAGGGAGCUGUUAGUGUCAGGUUUUUUUCUUUAUGUGGGUAAAAAGUUCAAAUAAAAGCAGAAGUAUGUACAUACAUACGUAGGUUCUAGAUGCCGUCACAUCCCUGCAUUCUCAGUUUGUUUUUUUUUUUGCCAGUUUGUUUCUCUAUGCAGCUGUAAUUUUUAUUUGAUAUAAUGCUCAAAUAAUAAAAAAACAUUUGUGGAGUUUGUGUUCAAGGGAGGGUCAGGGUUGUUUUUGGUUCUGUAUUUUUUAAAACUACAAAUACUAUGAAAAUUGUGUUUGUAAAAAAAAAAAAAAAAAAAAAAGGGAGGCGUUUUUAGAUGGUAUGUGCCAGAUCACCAGCUUAUCUUAAUACAUAUUUUUUAAAUUUUUGGUUCCAGGUUUUGCAGAAUGAAUUGUAUGAAACUGUAGUUUUAUUUCUCAGUUUUGCGUGCUUACCUUAUAGAACUUCAGUGGAACAGUUUGUUGGAAAGAAGUAGUUGAGAAAUUUUGGUUCUUGUUUAGCAACCUCUAGAUUUGUUUUCAUUUAUUAAAUGGUUAUAUAAUUUAAAACAUGAUGAUUAUAAUCUGUAACAAUGUUUCACAUGUCAUAGAACAAAAUGCUUUGUAUUGAAAAAGGCAGCACAAUAUUUGCUUGACGCACAGAAUUAGUUCUUAAUAUGCACAAGUACUCAAAUAUAUUUUUUUUUCUGAAAUGUGCUAGAAAAUUUAAAAAUCACCGAAAAGCCCCCAAAUGCAAUGCAAGCUGUUUGUAUCUAAUAUUAUGCAUAAAGUAUUGAACUGUUCCUGCCAGAAACUGCUGAUAGGUAUCCCUCCCCUGGAAGGAUAUGUUGAGUAAAAGAAUAAUGAGUUAAGAGUUAGCAAAUGUGCAUAAUUAAGCAUUUACAUUUUUUUUGCAAUGUGGAGUUUUUUUAGUAUUUAUGAUUAAAUAUUGUGCUGAGGAAAAGAAAUACUUGUUCCUGACUUAAAAUCUGUGAAAUGAAUGGUGCACCUGACUUUGGUACCAAACUCUGUAAUUAAAAAGCCAAUGUGAGUUAAUAGAACUGCUUAUAUAAGUGAGGACUGUAGAAUCUCUCCCUAAAGUAAAAUACCUGGUAACAUGAAAAUGAUAAGUCUUGUUAUAGCACUCCAAUGUAUGCUAUGUGCUUAUAAAAUAUUUUCUUUACUAAGCCACCAUCCUAUCUUGCAUACGUUGAUGAUAACAUUUGGCACUAUUUAUUUUAAGCUAUGGCAUUAUGUGUUUAUUUUCUUUAAAGAAAAAAUGUUACAUUUCUACCCAAAAUGUCUGACCAGCUCCUCCUUUUAUUUCAAUAAUGCUCCAGUAUUAACUUGUGUCAGGAGUGAACUUUUUGUGCUUUGAAUGAUAUUGCAUAAAAUCCCUUUGUCUCAAAAGCUCCCCUGCUGUGCAAUAGUCCAAUAGAAAUAAAACAUACAGAUAUUAAAUGUAAUGUAAAAAUUAUAGUGUUUCUAUGAUAUUUUUUCAAACUUUUCUUUUUUAGAGAUAUAUAUGUAUGUUACAGUUGAUGCUGCCUAUCGUGUCGACAACUUACUGCUUCCAGUAGCUGAUUCUAGGUGAGAUUUCUUGACUGUAACAAAAGAUAGUACACUAAAAAAAAUUCAUUUUUGUAUUAUUUGUUAAAAGAUUAUCUAAAAAUAUGACAUCCAGUAUAUUGUGUGUUUUAAACUAAAAUUUUAAACUAAAAUUUUAAGCUAAAUUUAAAAUAAUUUUCAAUACUGAAAUAUGUGAUAAAGCAACAAAAUAACAAAGAGCUCCCGUUAUGGCCUCAGCCCUGUCCUGUGAACUCUCGUUUAUAUUUCAGCUGGUUUUUAUGUAAUUUCAGUAAUUUUGAGUGAACCACAUCUACACACAUGAAUAAACAGUAAUCAGUAGGGUAGAUAGAAAUGAUGUGCCAGCUCACUUUUUGUACUCUCUGUGUGUCACUAGUUUGGUAGCAGGGAAUAAUUUGGAUUUUUUUCCCCUGUUUUGUUGCACUCCUAAUGAUCCAGCUCCCAAUUGUAUGAGCAGGCAAUAGAAGUGUGUUGUCUUUUUGUAAUGAGCAGAAACUUUAAAAACAUGCCAGUAUAGCAGAAGAUGAAAUGCAGUAUUAGAAGUGUCUGAGAAGGCUGGUGUUUUAUUCAUGCUCAUGAUUAAGAAAGCUGUAGAGUGAAAUUCUUGACAGAGGCUUGGAAAUGGAGAAGAACUUUUAUGCCAGUGGUUCUCAGAUAACUCUGAAUGGGACCCAAAAUUGCAGUGAUGUUUGUCUGCAGCAAUCUGUCUGCUUAAUCUCUUAUCUUUGCUGUUACACAGUGUGGUGAGACUCUUAGCAGCUGAGUUGGAGUGUUGGUGAAUGCUGCAUUGGCUAUGUGAGCUGUAGGAGCAGGAGGUGAUGUGAGGGAGAGCCAGUGAAAAAGAGGUCUUGUUUGGGAAGACAUAAAGGUGCUGGAUGGCAGAGAUCAAAUCACUGGUUUUUCAUAAUUUUUAAUAGUCUUUAUCUACUUCAACAGUCAAAAUUUCCCAACCCAGCCAUCUCUCCAAAUUAUGCAGCUAGUGCCAGUGUUGGCAGUGGCCUUUUUAAUAUCUGAUCUCUGGUUUGAUCUGGGUGAGUAAAUAUGUCUGGCAAGGAAGGAAAUAGAGGUGUGGACCCUGCUUGGUGGGGUGCUACUUAGGUUUCUGAAUGUUACUCAAAUAUAGAUGUUUAGAGUUGUUUUUUAAACUUUUUCCCAUUCCCUUCUCUGAUGCUUUUUAAAAAGUAUUUUCCAUUCAUAUUCACCACUAAAGUUCUGUGACCCCUGGCUUCUGCUUUAUCAGUCCUGUUGUCAGCCUUACCCUCUUCCUGGUUUGAAGUCCUCUGUCUAGUUUUCCUAGUGGUCAUUAGUUUGCAUCUUUCUUUGUGUGUUUGCUAAACUCAGCCCAUUUCAGUGUUUUCAAAUUUCAUCCCUCCCCAUGGGCAAGGCCAGUUCCUUUCCCCUGAUCAGUACUUUAAUCCUUUGUUCUUCAUUCUGUUUUUCCAGCCCAAUGCCUGUGAUUUCUAGUUUUAGAUAGAUUUUCUUACUGCCUCAAUCAUUCCCAUGACCUUGUCUUUGCUAAAUACUGUUCACUUUAUUAUCUCUCAUUUCUAAAUUCCGUUUCUCUGAUCACUACCUGCUCUCUUUCAGCUUGUCUGUCUUUCUCUCUCCUCUACCCUGUCACUCACUCCUUUUGGGAUCUCCAGUCUAUUAACCUUUUUGACUCUUUCGUCUUCACUGCUGCCUCCUUCCUUCAUUGGCCUCACUUCUUUUUACUCACUGGUCUUUAUUUUUCUCUCUAUCUGCUUCUCUGUACAUGGUUUCUUUGGCUGCUUCUCACACUGCCCUGUCUCCAUUCCUCCCUCUAGAUGUAUUCUCUUGUAAUUUCUUAAUUUCCAUUCCAGCCUUUCUGAAUAUCUGAAGAGUGUCAGCACAACACAGCUUUGGACUCAUCUUUGCCUUACCUGCUUCAGUGCCCUUCCCAAAUGGACUUUUAAAGCACUUUUAUCUCACCUUUUUUUUUCUUGUUGAGCUUGCGUGGAGAUCUGCUGUUCAUAUUCAUUCUCCAUUCAUUCUUUAUACAAAAUCUUCAAUCCUGAUUUUGUUGCAUGACAAGAUCCUUUUCAUAUUUGUUUUUAUUCUCAGGAUCUGUUUUUGAGCUGAACUUCUGUGCUUCUUAACUUUGCAAGUUUGCCCCUUUUAUUUCUGUAUCUUUUAUGCCUUUCAUUCCUUUCAUUGAAUUACUUCCUUCAGUAGCAACUAAGUUUCUCUUUUCAUCUAUCUUUAAGGGAGUGGCACCAUCAUCCUAACUGUUUCUGGUUUUUAAUACUUUGUCAUUUUUUCUCCCUGUCAUCUGAUUUCAUGUACCUAAACACCUUCUCUCCAGUUUGUUUUUGGGUUUUUUAAUGUUGCACUUCAUUUGAAUGCCCCAAAAAUUCAGUGCUUCUCCCCCCCCAGUCUGGUUCUCCCAUGGUUCUAUCUCUGGAUUAUUCCUUUAGGAUCCAGCCAGCCUCAGACCUUUUCAGAUUCAAAGAUCUAAUUUUUAUUUCUGACUCCCUCUAGACUAUUUUCUAACAUCCCUGACAAUUUUACUUGCCUGUUUUCCAAGGCCACAACCUUUCUAUCUCUGGCACUUCUCCCAUGCCUGCGUAUCAAAUGUCUCAGAGUUAGAUGUAUCAGAAUCCAGCCCUCUUCACUAUCUGUUCUUUCUUAUCUUUUAUCUUCACUGAUUUAACCUCUGUGUCAUUUUGGCUUCUUUUCUCCCUUCAAAGUAACAAAAUUGACAGGACUAAACUGUCAUUGGUCUUUCACUGUUUUGUGUGCUGAAGAAGGAACUCCACCAAAUUCCUACUUGUUUUGUGUUUUAAAGAGAUCUGAAUCCCACAAAUCUGAUCUUAUUUCAGUACUGUAGAGUUGGAACAGAUUGAGAAAUGAAAAUCUCUGUAAAACUGAGAAGUUUGGUGUUUUGGAACUAGGGAUUAUACAGCUGAAUGUCACAUUUGGUGUGGGUAUACACACAUUUGUUGACUUUUUAUUUACACCAGGGUAAUUAUCUUAUUUAGAGGAUCAGUUGUUUGCUGGCACAAAAAAAAUUUCUAGUACUUUUCAGGUUUUAUAUUUAUUCCUUGUUGUCUGCCUGUAUCACAUUGUGCAGUUAGUUCUUCUACAGCUGCCUUAGUGAUGGGUGUUGCCCUUACUUCUUUUGUCUAAGUGCAAUUUUCUGUCAUAUGGAAUUAAAAAUAGGAAGUUACUUAGUCCUUCCUGAUAAUUUCACUUGCUUUUCAUUUAAACCUUAGCAAUAGAUAGAGGUCUCAGCCAGGAAGAAAAAUGGUCCCCAGGAUAAAACAUGUUCUAGGAUUCCUUACUUCCUUUCCACCUCCUAGUCCCUGUUUUUGUGGCUUCCCUGGGACACUUGCAGGGAAUAUGGCACUGCCAGUGUAUCAAGGGCCAAUAGAAACUUCCUCAGUGUGGACAGGAGAUCUCCCAGUUGAAGAUGACUAGGAAUAUAUUUGGUAAUGUUAUAUGGCUGAUAAUUGCAAAUGUGUAAAGAGCAAUUAAAAAAAUCUCUGUUUGCUGUUACAGAAAGAAUUUUAAAUUAUGCAAAGGCCUUUUAAUGUGGUGUUGGUCUUCAGUAGACUUAAUUUGCUGCUUGUUCCUUUGAUUUCAGUCAUGCUGGACUGUUGUGAAGAUGAUUCAUUAAAGAUGAGUGUUGUUAUUUGUUGGGAGUGGGGAAAACAGGAGGCAUUCACUGAUUUGUUGGUGUUUGGCUGCUGAUUGUACUUGAAUCAAAUUUUAUGAUAAUUCAGAUUGGAAUCGACAUUGAGAGAAGUCUCUAGUCCAGCUUCCUGCUGAGAGCUGAGUCAGUGCUGAGUUCAGAGCAGGGCUUCAGGCUUCAGCAAGAUCCAGAAAUCCUCAAGGGGUGAGCAGCUCCUGUGGGCAGCCUGCUCCAGUGCCUUGCUGUAGACCUUGUUUGCCUCGUGUGUUGUGGCCAUUCUUUGUUGUUCUGCCACUCCUCAAAUAUUCUUUGUAUUGCAAAAAGGUAAGUCAGGUAUUGGGACAAAGAGAGAACUUAGGAUGUUUUAUUUUCUGAAAAUUUGUUAUUGCUAACAAGUAUGUUCACGUAGUACUUCUGCUGUAUGAUGUGUACACCUAUUCAUUUGCAACUCGAGUGUAAAAUAAAACUUUUGGCAGUAAAACUUGAUACAAA